AUGCCCUUCGGCAGAGAUCAGGAUAGCAGAUGCGGCGGCUCCACCUGGUGGGAAACCUUCCAUGUCAGUCCGAGCUCUGACGGUCGAUCCUCGUUCCUUCCUGAACGAGUCAACAUCCAGUUGACAAGAUCGCAAUCCGAGGCAAAGAUUUUCGGAACUCCAGGCGAUAUUGAAAAGAGUGUCACAUUCCUGCUCGAUCAUCGACAUCAAUGGGAUAAUAAUCAUGUCAUGUCCCCGACCACCUGGGGAUACCAAGACAUUGAUCGAUUGCAAUCACUCGAAUCAAUAGUCCGCAUCCCAGUGGGGAUUCCCACCGUAACUCCAAUGCAAUCCAAUGGCAAUACAAUGGUCAAUGGUCAAUGA